CAGAGAGGUGUGAACUACUUAUCAGUCCAACAGAUAAUUUUUAUUGAUUAUAAAAAAAAAUCUUUAGUUAUAAAUAACACAUGUAAUUGUUUCCUCAUAGUACAGUGCCAUUUAGUACUACACAGGCUAAAAUUUUUGUUAAUAUACUCAUUUCAAAUCCCAACUUAAACAUUUUACAUAAUUGAUCUCCAAUGUUUCAAAAGAUACUUUGUGUUGGUUUAAAUUGCUUUGAUAUAAUUCAAAUUUGCAACAGUUAUCCCAUUGAAGAUUCUGAGCAAAGAUCAAUUGAAUAUCGAAUGCAGAGAGGUGGAAAUGCAUCCAACAGCUCUACAGUACUCUCAUUAUUAGGAAGCACCUGUGAGUUCAUGGGGACACUAUCGAAGAAAACAUUUUGGGAAUUUAUUCAGAAAGAUUUUGAAAAGUAUUGCAUUGAUAUUAGUGGAUGUAAAAUAUACUAUGAAUCUCAAUUUCCAGUUUCGACUAUCAUUAUCAAUUCUCAAAAUGGUAGUCGAACAAUAGUUCAUUCAAAUAAGGAUUUACCUGAACUUGAUUAUGAACAUUUCAAGAACAUUGACUUGACAAAUUAUUCUUGGAUACAUUUUGAAGGACGUAAUGUAUCUGAGGUUUCAAAAAUGAUGCUAAGUGUUAAUGAUUAUAAAAAUGUAAGUGAACUUCCUAUCACCGUAUCAGUAGAACUGGAAAAGAGAAAGGAAUCACUAUGUCUAGCAGCUUUGGCAGACAUUGUGUUUGUUGGAAAAGAGUUCAGUAAAAAUUAUAACUGGGAUGGAAUGAAGACAACUUUGAUAGAAAUGAGAAAACAUGUUAAACCUAGUUCAACGGUAAUUUCCCUUUGGGAUAAACAAGGCGCAAUGGCAUCAAGUCCAGAAGGCAUAUUUUCAGCUCCAGCAUAUCCUCCAGCUACAGUAGUUGAUACAUUAGGUGCAGGAGAUACUUUCAUUGGAGGAUUUAUUCAUAGCAUGUCCAGAGGAAAAGACUUGAAUGAAUCACUACAUUUAGCAUGUAAAAUAGCUGGAUUUAAAGUUGGUACCUAUGGUUAUGAUGAGUUAAAAAACUUUAAAGAAUAGCAAUCCUCUUUUAAGAAGUGAACUGCUAUAUGCACAAAAACCUAUAGAAGCUGGUCUUGGCAUGAGUUUUCAAUCCUUAAAUUCCAAAAAAAAUUAAGAUCAACCACUGCAAAAGUGUUAAUUGUUGUCAUACAAAAUUAUACUUAUUUUGUUAUUUAAACUAUCACCUAUUAAUAAAAACUAUUAUAAACAUGAUUUACAGAUGAAACUAAAAUUACACAUUUAUUUUCUGAUUUAUAGUUUAUUUUUAUAAUAUAAGGGAGCGGGGUAGCUCAGUGGUAGGGCACUAAGCUUACAAUGCCCAAGGUCUCAGGUUCGAAUCCCGGCUCAUGGCAGAGAAUUUAUUUAUUCUGUUUCAUUGGCCGUGGGGCGACCCUGGGGUAGGGAGACCCUCCUGGAGCACACCGAGCCUCUACAAAAUGUGUACCUUUAAUUAAAUAAUUGAUUAAGGGAGAAACCCUGGCGGUUGAGCGUGAUACAGGCCCGAUCCCCUCUCUGCACAAAUGUUGGCCUUGUAACAGGCCAUAUUCACAUUAAGUAAAUCUGUGUAUUAACCAUUGUAUUACUUUUUCUAUACUUAUCUUAUCCCAAGAAAUAUGUUUGUACUAAAUAAUGUUUUUUUUUUUUUUAUUUAUUUAUAAUUUUAUUGAAAUUUACAACUGUAUUACAUUAAAAAUACAACAGGUAAAUGUGACAUUGGUAACAUGACAUGUAAAAUAUGAAGAGAAACUACCCAUUGGUAGAACUCAAAUUAAAGUUAUAUUAGAAGAUCCCGAGGCCAUCUUCUUUUCAGACGCCUCGGAGGGUUAUCAGGGAUAGAGGAGGAAGCAAUGUUUGAAACAAGAGGGUUCGGAUGGUUCUGCAGUUUGUUAUGGAAGGAUAGGUAUCUGGAUUGGGCCAAAUCGGAAACAUAUGGAACAUUAAGGUCUUUAUGGAUGAUUUUGUUUGUGACAAAGUAAGGAGCGUUGAAAAUAAUGUUAGACUGGAUGAAAGAUAAAGAGAAUGAUUGCCAAACCCAAAGGUUACAGCCAAAGAGAUAAACUGAGGCAUAGAUGGAAGUACAACUAAUAUUUUAACAAAGUGAGAAGAUAC